UGGAUUAGUUUGUGUGUUUUUGGAACUGUUUAUACGUGUUGUGUGUGUGUUGUGUAUGUGUGUACCACCAUCUGUGGGCCGUGGAAGUGGGACAAGGGACGGCAGGUGGCCAAUGGUGGCGGCCAGACUUCGGUGCUGCUUGCUCGGACACAAUCAGUGAUGAAGAAUUAGUGCGUCAUCGCGGAGGGAUAUCAACGUAUUUUCAAGCAAUUAACAAUGGUUGACAACCGUUACGCCACCGCUCUGGUGAUCGCCUGCGUGCUCAGCAUCCUCGCCACCGUCUACCUCUCCGUGGCCGUGGGGACGCAACACUGGUACGCGUACAGCAGCCCCACGAUACGCGGGGAGGCUAACGUGACGGAGUUACGCUCCCUUUACGAAGAGUUCGCUAUGGAAGGGGAGCUGGACGAGAAGACGUACAGCGACACCUUGUUUAGGCUCAAUGGCACCGUGGGCCUGUGGUGGCGCUGCGUGCUCGUCCCCGACAACCCCAACUGGUACAGGGAUGCAGGGGCCAAGAUGGUGUUGGAGUGCAGGAGUUUCACUGUCCAGCAGCAGCUCACUCCAAAAUACAAGGAACCCGGAAACCACAACAGUGGAGAGGACUUGCUGCGGACAUAUUUGUGGAGAUUCCAGUUCCUUCUCCCGCUUGUAUCUCUGGGAUUAGAAGUCUUGGCAGGACUGAUCGGAUUCUUUGCCUGCCUUUGCCGAAGUCUCGCCCCGACACUCGCCAUCGGUGUCCUUCACCUGCUAACAGGCCUUUGCUCUUUAGCCACAGUGUGUUGCUACCUAGCCGGGAUGGACCUCCUGCACAGGGUCUCGGUUCUUCCUGACAAGGUGGAUGGCUCGCUGGGUUGGUCGCUGUACUUGGCGCUCAUGUCUUCGCCACUCCACAUGAUGGCCGCCGCGCUGCUGGUGUGGGCGGCGCGCAGCCACAGUCGCAACUACUACCGCAUGAGCGCCUACCGAGUGGCCUAAAGCCCCGCCCCCUCUGAAACCGACAUGAUUGAUUUAUGACGCUACAGAGAGGAUGUGGGUUAAUCCGUGACCUGACGGAUUAUCAUGCAUCUCUUCAGGGAUCAGGGAAAACCCACUGGACGUAAUAUUAGGAACACUAAAGACAUUCUUUUCUUUGGGCCAUACUGAAAAUUACAUCGAUAAGUUGUCCUAUUAAUAAAAAAAAACAAGUCAUAUUUUUACAAAAACAAAAAAAAUAAUUUUAUGAAAAUAUUUUUGGUUCAAAAAAUUUGAAACUAAUCACAAUAUUCAAAGAAAAAAAUAGAAUAAAUGUCAUUCUACAAGGAAGAAAACACAAUCUUACAAAUGUCAUACUUUUACAGAUAAAAGUGGAAAUACUAUGAUUAAUAAAUAUGUAAUAUAUAUAACAAGAAUAAAGUCAUAUUUAUACCAAAAAAAGUGGUAUUACCAUGAGUACUUUAACAAGUAUUUUUAACAGAAAAUUUAUAUUACAAAAAAUAAUAAUACAUGUAAUAUUUUGUCAUGUUAAAGGACUGUAUUUUGGUAAGAUUAUGACUUAUUUUAUUAUUUUAGCAUUUUUUUAAAACCUUUUCAUUGUGGCCGAAUACUCAAAACUAUAUGUUGUUUUGUAAACUAAGUUGCUAUUUAUUUACAUAUUUGGUUUGUCUUUUCUACUACUCUUUAGGUUUUUAUUUACAUAAUUUUACGUGGUUGUGCUUCUUUGUUUUUCCACAUUUACUGAAAUGGUUUCUUUACUUUUUACAAGUCUGUGAUUCUGUAGAAACACAAGAAAAUAACAUCCCUGGAUUUAAUAUUGAGAUUUAUGAAUGUAAAAGAAAGGCCACAAUAUUGCGAUAAAGCUAUACAGUAGCUUGUAAUGCUUUGCACUGGAAUUAUUUUGAAAAAUAAUAUACAGUAUAAUAUUUUAUAUAUUCAAAACACUGCUUCCUUUGUUGGUAAAAUGUGUAAGUGAACACUUUUCUGCUGUUUUUUUUUUUCAUUUUUAUUGAAAUGUUUUGUGGCUGACACAAAUAAAUAUUUUUAAAAUAUGUAUUUUCACCGUUCUGUGUUAUUAAUUGCGGCCUCCUCGUACCAGAAUGGGUCCUGCGUCUUGACGCACUUAAGUGAAAGACAAACAUAUUUUACAUAUGAAAUUGAUGGCUACAGUAAUGUAUGGAAAAUGUGACAUACCGAAUGACAAAUCUCUCGUUUCC